AUGUCUUAUAAUGUUAUGAAGCUCACAACAGAGCAGUUUCUCAAUAAGUUAACUUAAGAGGUACAAUUCAUUGAAAAUCAUCUAUUGAAUAGAUUAGAUAAUGAGAAUAAGGAAAAGUACAACUAUUAUUACAACAUCUAUAAAAAGAUUUAGAAAGAAAUAAAUGAAAAGAUAGUGGAAAAUCCUGUAGAAAUUUAUGGCCAAUUCUUGAAAACAUUUAAAAAAUUUAAGCGUUAGUAAGACAAUAUUAUCAAGUUUAAUGAGAGAGAUAUUGACUCUUUCAGAAAGAGAUAUGAAAAUACUUAAAAGCCUUUAAUACCAUUAAUUCAUGAUAUCAAAAUGAAUGUCCUAGAACGCAUGACAAAAUUUGAUAUAAACUAGUUGAAAAGCCACAACUUUUAGAUGCACUUAUACACUAACAAGGAGUUAUGCGAUAUCACUUUCAAGAUGAUGGAAUAUUAAGGAAUUUAUAAAGACUAGUCUAGUUACACUGCAGAACAAAUGAAGUUGCUCAUUAAAAAUCUUUGCUUAAACUAUAAUGUAAUCCCUUAUCACAACUGGACUCACGCCUUUUCAGUAUUUUAGAUGCUUUUCUGCUGCUACGAAAACUCUCCUUCUUGGAGAGAUUACAUCCUACCUUUUGAGUUUUUUUGUGCCCAAAUAGCUGCUCUCGGACAUGAUCUUAACCACAAGGGGCUUGGAAAUCUCUACAAAGUAAAGAGAAAUGCUCAGUGCAGUAUAAAUUAUUGCGAGUUAGGAGUUUUAGAAAAUAUGCAUGCUUCAAAAUUAUUCCAGAUAUUGCAGAGUAACAAUGAACUGAACUACUUUACAGCACUAAAAGACUAAAAUAAAAUACAACAAUUCAAGAGAAUAAUUGUUUCUUGCAUCACAUCAACUGACAUGUAAAAACACUCUAAGCUAACAGCAAAGUUGAAAAGAAGAAUUUAAGCUUCAAUAAAAAUCAAAAACUUUAAGUAGCGUAGUCCUAUUUCUAACCAUUAAGACGAUAAUCAGCAAGAUUCAAACACAAAUAGCAGUGAAAAUUUUUAAAUAACUUCUUAGGAUGAAGAAGACAACUCUUAAAAAAUAACAGAUUUGGACAAAUUUUCAGCCAUCAACAAGGAAAAUUUCGAAGAUAGAAGAUUCUUAUUGAAUAUAAUCCUUCACGCCUGUGACAUUGGCAACCCUUGCUUAGAAUACAACAAUUACAUGAAUUGGAGCUAUUUGAUCACUCAAGAAUUCAGCGAUUAAACAUAAAAAGAAGAACAAUACAACCUCCCUGUGACUGGUUUCCUUAUAUAUAAAGAUAAACUUACUUUUCUUAAUGGACAAACCUUUUUCUGCAAAGCUAUGGUCUUGCCUAUAUGGCAAGAAAUAGGUGAUUUCUUCCAUGAAUUAAAAAUAUAUCCCUAGUCAAUAGAAAACAAUCUCAAAGAGUUAGAAAAUAGAAAAAAUAAAAUGAAAUAAUAGAUUCAAAGUGCUUGA